UACUUAAAGAUUCAUAUGAGACUCCAUUCAGGAGAAAAACUUCUCAGCUGCUCUGUUUGUAAAAAAAUGUUUACAUUCAAUAGAGAUGUUGUGACUCACAUGAGAGUCCACACAGGGGAGAAACCAUUUAGCUGCUCAGUUUGUGGUAAAAGAUACAGCCAGAAGGGCUACUUAAAGAUUCAUAUGAGACUCCAUUCAGGAGAAAAACUUCUCAGCUGCUCUGUUUGUAAAAAAAUGUUUACAUUCAAUAGAGAUGUUGUGACUCACAUGAGAGUCCACACAGGGGAGAAACCAUUUAGCUGCUCAGUUUGUGGUAAAAGAUACAGCCAGAAGGGCUACUUAAAGAUUCAUAUGAGACUCCAUUCAGGAGAAAAACUUCUCAGCUGCUCUGUUUGUAAAAAAAUGUUUACAUUCAAUAGAGAUGUUGUGACUCACAUGAGAGUCCACACAGGGGAGAAACCAUUUAGCUGCUCAGUUUGUGGUAAAAGAUACAGCCAGAAGGGCUACUUAAAGAUUCAUAUGAGACUCCAUUCAGGAGAAAAACUUCUCAGCUGCUCUGUUUGUAAAAAAAUGUUUACAUUCAAUAGAGAUGUUGUGACUCACAUGAGAGUCCACACAGGGGAGAAACCAUUUAGCUGCUCAGUUUGUGGUAAAAGAUACAGCCAGAAGGGCUACUUAAAGAUUCAUAUGAGACUCCAUUCAGGAGAAAAACUUCUCAGCUGCUCUGUUUGUAAAAAAAUGUUUACAUUCAAUAGAGAUGUUGUGACUCACAUGAGAGUCCACACAGGGGAGAAACCAUUUAGCUGCUCAGUUUGUGGUAAAAGAUACAGCCAGAAGGGCUACUUAAAGAUUCAUAUGAGACUCCAUUCAGGAGAAAAACUUCUCAGCUGCUCUGUUUGUAAAAAAAUGUUUACAUUCAAUAGAGAUGUUGUGACUCACAUGAGAGUCCACACAGGGGAGAAACCAUUUAGCUGCUCAGUUUGUGGUAAAAGAUACAGCCAGAAGGGCUACUUAAAGAUUCAUAUGAGACUCCAUUCAGGAGAAAAACUUUUCAGCUGCUCUGUUUGUAAAAAAAUGUUUACAUUCAAUAGAGAUGUUGUUACUCACAUGAGAGUCCACACAGGGGAGAAACCAUUUAGCUGCUCAGUUUGUGGUAGAAAAUUCACACAAAAGGCACAUCUGAGACAACACUCUAUAGUCCACACAGGGGAGAAACCAUUUAGCUGCUCAGUUUGUGGUAAAAGAUUCAAAGAAAAGGGAACUCUGGGACGACACUCCAAGGUCCACACAGGGGAGAAACUAUUUAGCUGCUCAGUUUGUGGUAAAAGAUUCAAAGAAAAGGGAACUCUGGGACGACACUCCAAGGUCCACACAGGGGAGAAACCAUUUAGCUGCUCAGUUUGUGGUAAAAGAUUCUCACGAAAGGGACAUCUAAGACGACACUCUACAGUCCACACAGGGGAGAAACCCUUUAGCUGCUCAGUUUGUGGUAAAAGAUUCACACAAAAGGGAAAUCUGAGACACCACUCUACAGUCCACACGGGAGAAACCAUUUAGUUUCAGUCUUUGUGGUAAAAUAUUCACUCUGCUCCACAGUGUCAAAAGAUAUGCAAGUAUGUUGGUGAGAUUAACGGUAAAAAUUAAGCUGCUUCUUGAACACUGAUCGUCUAAAAGUUGUGUUCAGCCACGUUUUCCUUAAAAAGUCUAAAAUUUCAAUAUCCAAAUUUAGGGCUGCACGAUUAAUCUAAUUGCAAUCGCGAUGUCGUCAUGUGCGAUUACAUAACCGCAAAAAGUGUGCUGUGUGUGUGAGACUCCUCUCUGUUUGCACUGCUGUCUGCUCAUUAUCUCCGCCCACACCGGGCUCUCGCAUGUGCUCCUAAAACAGAUAAGCAUAAACCACAAACAGUAAUUUAUGGACAGUGAGCGAGUAACAUUAAAGACAACAACUUCGGCCGCUGCUUUUAAACACUAGAAUAUCCUUCGUGAGAAUCAACUAAAAUAUGUGGUGAUAACCGCGUUUGAUCAAUGAGCACAGCAAAGUGUCUGAAAAGGACUUUAAGAGGUGGAUGCAGAAUUCACCAGAAGAGAUGUUGUAGGCUACCUGCAGAGAUUUGCAUCCACCUCUCUUCUCAGCAUAAAUGAGCGUUAUCAGCCGCGAGGUGCAUGCAACUCUCAGCAGGCAGGAAGAAUUCGGCACAACACCUGUUGCUCUGUGACAGAGACAGUUACAGCAACGUUACGUGUCGUUGGCAGCUAAAGCGGUACGACAGAAGAAAACAGGGAUAAGAUAAAGAAGAUUUGGCUUUGGAUCGCUGGCAAGUUAACAUUAGCUGUAUUGCUGCCUUUUGAUUUUCAACUUUUCCUAAAUCUAUAAAGCCGAUGUAAGUCACUUCUGGUCAACCGACCAAUCACAGCCUGAACGGGGCGGGACAUUAUGAAAAGUUUAUCGUACUACAGCCAAUCAUUAAAUGUUGAACAAUAUGAUUAUUGACAAGUUAAUACUUUGCAUUAACAAAUUAGAGACCAAUAUAGAUCAUCUUGCUUGCAGAAGGAUUAAAUAAAUAAAAACAACCCACAGAAAUGAAUCAGCUGUAACUGGAUUUAAUAUUCAACUAGUGGUAAAAUAGUAAACU